AGUGGCCGGGACUUUGCAGGCAGCGGCGGCCGGGGGCGGAGCGGGACCCGGAGCGGGAUCAAGCCCUCGCCGCGGCCUGCCGCCAUGGGCCCGCGCCGCCGCCGCCGCCUGCCACCCGGGCCGCGCGGCCCGUGAGCGUCAUGGCCGUGGCCGGGGGCCCCGCGGGCGGCCCGUGCGCGCCGGCGCUGGAGGCCCUGCUUGGGGCCGGCGCGCUACAGCUGCUCGACUCCUCGCAGAUCGUCAUCAUCUCCACGGCGCAGGACUCUAGCGCCCCGCCGGCCCCUGUCGGUCCCGCGGCGCCCGCUGCCGGCCCCCGCGACCCCGACCUGCUGCUCUUCGCCACGCCGCAGGCGCCCCGGCCCACACCCAGCGCGCCGCGCCCCGCGCUCGGCCGCCCGCCGGUGAAGCGGAGGCUGGACCUGGAAACUGACCAUCAGUACCUGGCCGAGAGCAGCAGGCCAGCCCGGGGUCGAGGCCGCCACCCAAGCAAAGGUGUGAAAUCCCCAGGGGAAAAGUCGCGCUAUGAGACAUCACUGAAUCUGACCACCAAACGCUUUCUGGAGCUGCUGAGCCGCUCAGCUGAUGGCGUUGUUGACCUGAACUGGGCAGCAGAGGUGCUGAAGGUGCAGAAACGGCGCAUCUACGACAUCACCAAUGUCCUCGAGGGCAUCCAACUCAUUGCCAAGAAGUCUAAGAACCACAUCCAGUGGCUAGGCAGUCACGCAUCAGUGGGGAUUGGUGGGCGGCUUGAAGGACUGACCCAGGACCUCCAGCAACUGCAGGAGAGUGAGCGGCAGCUGGACCACCUGAUCCAUAUUUGCACCACACAGCUGAGGCUGCUUUCCGAGGAUGCUGACAGUCAGCGCCUGGCCUACGUGACCUGCCAGGACCUUCGUAGCAUUGCAGACCCUGCAGAGCAGAUGGUCAUGGUGAUCAAGGCCCCUCCUGAGACCCAGCUCCAAGCCGUGGACUCCUCAGAGACCUUUCAGAUCUCCCUUAAGAGCAAACAAGGCCCCAUCGACGUUUUCCUGUGCCCUGAGGAAAGUGCAGGCGGGGUCAGCCCUGGGAAGACCCCAUCCCAGGGGGCAGCUUCUGGGGAGGAGGACAGAGCAGCUGACUCUGCCAUCACAGUGCCACCGCCAUCAUCUCCCCUCUCAUCCCCUGCCACGGAUCCCAGCCAGUCCCUGCUCAGCCUGGAGCAAGAACCCCUGCUUUCCCGGACGGGUGGCCUGCGGGUCCCUGUGGAUGAGGACCGCCUGUCCCCACUGGUGGCAGCCGACUCGCUCCUGGAGCAUGUGCGGGAGGACUUCCCCAGCCUCCUCCCUGAGGAGUUCAUCAGCCUGUCCCCGCCCCACGAGGUCCUUGACUACCACUUUGGCCUUGAGGAGGGUGAGGGCAUCAGAGACCUCUUCGACUGUGACUUUGGGGACCUCACCCCUCUGGAUUUCUGAUGGGGCUUAGGGGGACCAGGGCCUCCUGAGAUUACCACUCUGUCUCUGCAGUCCUGGAGCCCCCUGCCCCUGGCCAUCCUCCUAGCUCAAUUGGAAAUGUUUAAUUUAUACCCCUCUCCCCUAUCUCCAGAAGCUUCUUGCUCUGGAGUUCAGCUACUGCCAGGAGGCUGAGCAAGCCAGGAAGGGAAGGAUUCUUUUUGUGGUGUGUAUGUACGUGCAUCCAACACCCGACAUGUGUGUACACAGCGUGAGUGGUGUGUGAGCAUGUAUGUGUGCAUGUUCCGGGGAAUGAAGGUGAACACAUCUGUGCGUGCACUGAAAACACGCCCCAGUGUGUCCACGUGUGUGUGCAUGAGUCCAUGUGUGCGCGUGGUGGGGGCUCUAACUGCACUUUUGAUCUCCUUGCUCCAGGGGCCUCAUGAGGCCCAGGGUGGCCACCUGCCCCCAGAAUCCUGCAUGCUGACCAGGCCAGGUGGUGGAGCCUUGGCCUGCUUGUUUGCAGGACAGUGAGAGCACCUCUGUCGUCUUAAAGGUUUUUCUGAUUGAAGCUUUAAUGGAGUGUUAUUUAUUUAUCAAGGCCUCUUUGGCAAGCAUGGGGCACCAGCAAAGGGUAGGAAGGUUGUGGGCCUGAUGCCCCAGCUUCCUAUACCCCUGAGCGAGGUCAGGGGUCCUUGUGCUGUUCUUUGCCCCACUCUGAAGGAGCUGAGGCCUGAGCGGUUUAUUUAUUGGGAAAGUGAGGGAGGGAGACAGACAGACUGACUGACUGACUGACUGAAAGCCAUGGGUGAAUCGACGGGGUGGUCCUUCCGUAGGGGGUCACUGCAGGGCCCCAGCUGCCCCCAGGAUGGAUGUGAGAUGGGAAAGGUGAGUGGGGGAACCUUCACUGUCAGGGUGGGCUGGAGGGGUGGGUGAAGGGCCUGUCUAAGCCCAGACCAUGGGGCCUCCUGUGGCAUUUGAAGUGCCCCCUCCCACCGACCCUACUUCUUGCUCUGCCCACCCUCCAAUCUGCACUUUGAUUUGCCUUUCUAACAGCUCUGUUCCCUCCUGCUUUGGUUUUAAUAAAUAUUUUGAUGGUG